AUGGCCCAAGUCAACGACUCACAGCCUGUGCCCGCGCACCCCUACUACCCCAUUGACAAGGAGAUUGUUGGCUAUCUGGCCAACAACAACACGACGCUGGAUCUAUGUCUCAUGUUUGCGGCGGGAUGUGUUGCCAUCUUCGGCGCUACCUACGUGGUGGUCAAGCAGUCGCGCCCCAAAGCCAGCACCGGGGACCUGGCCACGAUUAUGUGGUUCGUCCUCUGCGGAUGCAUCCACUCGUUCUUCGAGGGCUACUUUGCCUACAAUUUCAGGAACAUGGGCGGCAUGAACGAUGUCUUUGGCCAGCUGUGGAAGGAGUACGCGCUGAGUGACUCGCGAUACCUGACGCAGGAUGCCUUUGUGCUCUGCAUGGAGACGAUUACUGCGGUAUUCUGGGGCCCUGGGGCCUUUCUCACGGCCUACCUCAUCUGCAUCGACCACCCGCUCCGCUACCCAGCUCAGCUCAUGGUCUCGCUCGGCCAAUUGUACGGCGACGUCCUCUACUACACCACGUCACUCUUUGACCACUACAUACUCGACCUGUCAUACUCGCGCCCGGAGCAGUUCUACUUCUGGUUCUACUUUGUCUUCAUGAAUGCCUUUUGGAUCAUCAUCCCGGGCUACCUCAUGUACCAGAGCGUCAUGGCUACGUGGAGCGCGUUUGCGGCAGUCAACGAUGCCGCUAGGCUGAUGGAGAGGAUGAGCAAGAAGCGCAAUUAG